CUGCCUGCCGCGGCGCCGCGCCUGGGCAACCGCCACCCCGCCCCGCACCACGUGACCGCAGCCGGGAGUGGGGCGCGCUGCUCGCCGGCGCUUCCAUGGCAACGCCGGGCGAUGAGCGCUUCCGCUUCCGGCGGCCACACGGCGGCAGGGCCCGGCCGCACUUGGGCCGCGCCGGGCGGCUGCGGGGGCCGGGUCCAGACCCGGGCAGGAGGAGAGGGCGCUAUGUGGCCGCCGCCGCUGCUGCCCUGGCUCCUGGCGGGGCUGCUGUUGGCUGCCCGUUGCGGGGAGGCAACGGCGGCGACUCUUCCUGCCCGGAGAGCCGCCACCGCCUCCCCGCGCCCCACGGAGGUGGCCAGCGGCGGCGUCACGCGAAGCAGCAGCCGCCUGGCCGAGGUGUCGGCGCCGCCCGAGCAGGGCCAGCCCAUGACCCAGCGCGCCCUGUCCGUGCUGGUGCUGGCCAGCGCCGCCCUCAUCGUCUACUUCGUGAUCCGGACCGUGCGGCUCAGAAGGCGAAACAGAAAAACCCGAAGAUACGGAGUUUUGGAUACAAACAUAGAAAACAUGGAGCUGACUCCAUUAGAGCAAGACGAUGAUGAUGAUGAUACAACACUGUUUGAUGCCAAUCAUCCUCGAAGAGAAGUACGUGCCUUUCAGUGAAAGAACUUAAUCUUAGAACCAGAGAAGGAGACUGCUUCAUGGGAGGAAUAAGAAGCAAGAGGGUAUGCAAGUUGGGGGGACUAAUACAAUUUGUGUAUAUUAUGGUAUCCUUAAUUUGUUGCAAUAAAUACUGUACCAAUUUGUUGUACCUUUUUGUAUAUAGAGGAUUCUAAAUGUAAAGCCUACGGAGAUAGAGUGCACUAACAUGAAAACCUAUUUGGAAGGGAGAUUACUUUUAAACCAAGGUAUUUUUUGCUUGUUACAAAUCUUGUAUGCCAAAAGUGUGGUAUACACUUUUUCUACAGUAAUCUGGAAUGUUAACAGAUCUUUUUGCUGAUAUUAAAUUGUAAGUAAACGUAGCCUUUGUGGACCCCUCAGAAUUGUUAGAACUUGGUUUUAGUUGAGGAGAUGCUUUAUCCUUUACAAAUAAAAAGCCAAACUACUGAA